GUGACCACGCUUCACGUCUCAGUUGUCGCCAACCAACCCAUCGGUAGGAUCCCUCUCCCAGGCAUCGGCCGCCCUUCGCGUCCCUCACCUUACCUCGCCGGCUCAAUGGAGGACCGCAUGCUCCGCCUCCGUGCCGUCGCAAAUGCCGCCCUCUCGCGGUACGAGCCUCUCGCCCUCGUCGUCGCGCCGCUUCUCACCCUCCUCCUCGCGCGCUCUCUCCACGCGCUCUUCCUCUCCGUCCGUGAGAAAGGGAUCAAGGCCGCCGUUCUAGGGUUCCUUAUCGCCUCCGUCAAGUCGAUUCCCGGCGUGAGCUGGUAUAUUGAAUCCGAGAAGAAAAAGGUUGUGGAGAAAUUACAAUCUGGUAGUAAGUCUAAAAGGGAUAGCUGGAGAACUGAGUUACCAAACAUUGGACUUGGUAAAGCAACUAUACAGGAACUAGAAGAUGCAAGGAAUAAAGAUAUAGCUUGGCAAGGCAAAUGCUCUGGUACAGUAUAUAUUGGUGGAAGUGACUCAGAGAACCAUUUUGCUUUGAUAAACGAGGCACAUGCAAUGUUUUCACAUACCAAUCCAUUGCAUCAGGAUGUGUUCCAAAGUGUGGCAAGAUAUGAAGCAGAAGUGGUUGCAAUGACAGCUGCUCUCCUUGGCAGUAGAGAGCCGGCAUCUGGAGGACAAAUAUGUGGCAACAUGACAUCAGGAGGAACAGAAAGUAUAUUAUUAGCUGUUAAAACAUCACGAGAUUACAUGAGAACCAAGCAGGGUAUUACAAAGCCAGAAAUGAUAAUUCCAGGAUCGGCACAUUCUGCAUAUGAUAAAGCUGCACAAUACUUUAAUAUUAAGCUGUGGCGUGUUCCUGUAAAUAAAGAUUAUGUUGCAGAUGUUAAAAGAAUUAUGCGCUGCAUCAACGGAAACACCAUAUUGAUUGUUGGAUCUGCACCAGGGUUUCCACAUGGCGUCAUUGAUCCUAUUGAAGAGCUUGGGGAUUUAGCAUCAAGAUAUGGUGUUUGUUUGCAUGUUGAUCUUUGCCUCGGUGGCUUUGUUUUACCAUUCGCUCAGAAGCUGGGGUAUCCCAUCCCACCUUUUGAUUUUUCUGUUAAAGGGGUUACAUCAAUUUCAACUGAUGUUCACAAGUAUGGAUUAGGUCCCAAGGGCACAAGUGUGGUUCUUUACAGAAAUCGUGAGAUAAGAAAGCACCAAUUUGUUGCUGUCACAGAGUGGUCAGGUGGGCUAUAUGUAUCCCCUACUAUGGCUGGAAGCAGACCUGGUGGGUUGAUCGCCGGGGCUUGGGCAGCAAUGAUGUCUCUGGGGCUGAAUGGUUAUUUGGAAAAUACAAGACAAAUGAUGGAAGUCUCCAAGAAGAUACAGAAAGGGAUAGAGGAGAUUCCAGGGCUGUUUAUCAUUGGACAGCCACACAUGACUGUCGUGGCUUUUGGCUCCAAUGAUAUUGACAUCUUUGAGGUCAACGAUAUGAUGACCUCGAAAGGAUGGCACUUAAAUGCUUUACAGAAACCCAACAGUAUUCAUAUCUGUGUCACCCUUCAGCAUCUUCAUGUGGUCGGAGACUUUCUGAGAGAUCUUAGGGAGUCUGUGAAGAUGGUAAAAGAAAACCCAGGUCCGAUCAGUGGAGGGCUUGCACCACUCUACGGUGCCGCGGGAAAGAUGCCUGAUAGGGGAAUCGUGCAGGACCUGUUGGUUGAGUUCAUGGACAGCUCUUGCUAGCUGCAGCAUUUAGACAUACCAAUUCUUAAGCUCUUUGCCUCACCAGGUUGUUGCAGAAACGUAAUUGGAUGAUAUAAGUAUUUCAGCCAUGUCAACAUAAUUUAGCCACUCAAGGGGAUAUUACUGUACAAGAAUGUAGAACACUUGUUGUUUUACUUCAAAAACAAUCAAUCAGGCGUUAUUUAGUUUA